CUCAAGUUGGCUGCUCAGGGGUUGGGGGCUCAUCCGAGCACGUCUGAGUCGGUCGUGCCAUAUCGGCCUCAUCAAUGCCAGCAUGGUCUACCCCAUGGUCGGCUCCCGCCUGCCGCCGGGUGCAGUACGAGGCCGCGAUGGGCCGCUUGACUCUGAGGUUCAAAAGCGCAGGUCUUGAGACGGGUUUCGUUAUGUCAAGGAAGCAGCGGCUAAGUGAAUGGAUCUCCAUCAUGGUGAUUGGGUUGUUUAUCCUCUGCGUCUUUUCCUUGAGUCCUGAUCGGUUUGAAGCGCCUAGUGAUGUGAGAAUGUGGCAAUCGGCAGUUUUCUAUGGCGGCACGGCGGUGGUGGCCGUGAUGCUGAUCGUGGCAAAGGCGUUGGAGCGCAGCUGCUUGUCACCGCGCAAUGUAGUUUUUUGUAUGGAGAUUACCACGGCUGUUGCGAGUGUUGUCAUGAUGGUGGUCGGGGUCAGUGUUAGCCGCCACUACAUCGCGAGAAUUGUUGGAUACGGUAAUACCGAGGCAGUAUGGGGCCGCGAUCUUGGAUACACUGACGGCGUUAACCUACUUGUUGUCAAUCUGUGUGCGUCAGUCGGGCACCUGGCGCCAGUCCGUUGGGUGUUCUUGUUCCCGGUGGAGGUUGCGCUGGUGUUUGUGUUCGGGCUGCCGAUAUUUGUGUGGAGCAGCCCCUCUCCGGACGACGUCCCAAUAUUAUCCCUCGUUGCGGUAUGUUUGGCCGUUUUGGCGGCCGUUGGAAAGCGGCAUAGUGAAUUGAAUGACAGGCUCCUCUUCAAGAGCUUGCUGUCUGAAAAGAAAUUGAGGUUCGAGGCCGAACACGUGCUUGCUGUUCAACAGGAGUCGGCUGGCGCCGCAAACGGCACGGACACCCUCGCGGCGACCUCCGCGAUGGGCUCUUUUCCGGAGACGACGUCCACGGCGUUUCCCGUCGAGGUGGAUCAGACUGGCGGCUCGGCGAAGCUGCGUGAAAUUGGUAUCAGAGAGCAGUGGCUGAUCGAGGAUACUGAAGUCAAGGCACUGCCUGACCGAGUUCUUGGCAGAGGCGGGUUCGGCCUUGUGACCCUAGGAGUCUACCACAACACGCCCGUCGCUCUAAAGACGCCCCAGCAGGACUUCGCAACGAACGUUGUCAGCCUCCAUGCGCUCUGCAACGAGCUGCGGAUCCUUCGCCGGCUCCGGCACCCUAACAUCGUGUUUUUUUAUGGAGCCAUCUUGGGCGACAGCUUCGUGCGACUCUGCCUCGUGCUCGAGCGUAUCGACGGUGUGAACCUGGGGCGCUUCAUUCAGGCGCACAAGCUCGCGGGCAGCAGUGGCGGAGCGGGGGAUCCGCAGCGCCGUCCCCGCAGCAGCACCGCUAUCUUCAACGAGCGGAAGCGGAUCGUGUGCGACACUCUGAAUGCGCUGCGCUACCUGCACUCGCGGACCCCGGCGGUUGUCCAUGGUGACCUGAAGGACUCGAACAUCUUCGUGCAGCAGCUGUGCCUCCACGGCGACACCGUGGCGCGCGCGAAGCUGCUGGACUUCGGCCUCGCGCGCCUGCUCACCCGCUCGGCGGAGCCCAUGGGCGGCACCGCGCAGUGGAGCGCCCCCGAGCUUUUCGGGAAGAGAGGGAAUCGGCCAGACAGGGCAGCGGAUGUCUAUUCUGUCGGCCUGCUGAUGUUCUUCAUCUCCACUGGGGCGAAGCCCUUCGGGGGCGCGGCUGCCACAGAGAGUGGCUUCCCUCGAUCGUGGCCUCCAACAAUCGCUGGAAGACGACCUCGCUAUCGAGGCCUCCCUCCAUCGUGGCCCGACGACCUGCAGAGCCUGCAGUGCUGGCACUGGUGCAUGGCGUCGGUGGAGCAGUGCACGCAGACGCGGCCAGAGCAGCGCCCGACCGUCGAGGCUGUCUCCGAUGAGCUCGAUCGAGGGCUCGACAUCUCAAGCCAGGGCGGAGCCAGCGAUGCGAAGAGCGACGGUGAUCCCAGCUUCCGCCGCCCGGAGCAGGCGGGUUCGCUCGACCUUGCUUUUCCGCGUCGGCAGCCGUCCGAGCUGGCCGUCGUCUUCGACGGAGCCACUUUCGACGUCCUCGGCACCUCCCCCGCCUUCGACUCGCGCUUCGGGGCGUGCCCGCCGGGGUCGGCCGUGAGCGGAUGGCUCUCCCCAGAAAGCCUGGAGGCCUUCUGCGAGCGAGUCCACAGCUUCUGCACCUCUGGCAUGUCCCUGUGCACCUUCGACUGGGAGCCGCGGGGCCUCCGGCUGCCACGCGCCCCAGACGCGCCGAUGCCCCGCCGCGUCUCGGUCACGCUCUGGGCGGACCGCAGGGGGGAGGAGGAGAGAGUCCUGGCACGCCUCGUGCUUCCCGCGAGCCGAGACCGCGCCCUCCACCCCCCCGACGGCGAUGCAGAUCCCUCUCGGCCACGGUGCCCCUCCCGCGAGCCGCACCCGGGCGCAGCGCCAGGGCCUCCCCCAGCCUCGGUGCCCGAGGCCGUGCGUGGCCGAGGCACCGCCCCGCCUGCGCGCCCGCCCCUCGAGCCCACGGCGCGGAGGGCGAGGUGUCCCCUGAGCCUCUGACUGAUGCGACGAGGUGCGCGCGGAGGAGGAGG